AUGGUCGAUUGGAAAUCACCCGCGGAGAUCGAACAGGACGGCGUGGCCUUCAGCCGGUUCAUGCACGCACUUCUCGGGCUGUACAUCUGGGAGUUCUUCACCUCGCUCCCAUUUGAUUGGGCCUUUAUCAGUGGUAAAAAGAAGUUCAGAUGGCCGCUGAUCUUUUAUUUCGCUGGGCGAUAUUUCCUUUUGUUCGCGCUGAUCGGCAUCGCAAUCGCGUUGAACGUGACCAAACCUGUCAACUGUCAGGCGUUGUACACAUACAACCAAGUUUUCGGCAAUGCGGCGAUUGGUCUCGCAAGCAUCAACCUGUCUCUGCGAACAAUGGCAGUCUGGUCGCAGGCAUGGUACAUUGUGGUCCCGCUGGUUGCCGUCAUUCUCGGCCACUGGUCGCUGCUCCUCCACGGUAUCCUGAUCAAGGCCGCCUGGAUCCCGGGCUCAGGCUGCGCGAUCACGAACACGGACAAUAAGCUCCUCGCUGCGACGUUUUUCUACUCUAUGGCGUUCGACUUCUCCGUGCUCACGUUGACCGCGUGGAAGCUGGCGUUCCCGCUGAACCGCGAAAAGCAGAGCCGCAUCGUGCAGCUCAUCUUCCACGACGGGCUCAUUUUCUUCAUCAUCGCCUUCCUGGCCAACCUGCUCGCGGCGAUCUUCAUGAUGCUCAAUCUCAACGCGGUGAUGUCGAUUAUCGCUAACGUGCCUGCGGCUAUCGCGUCGACCAUCGUCGCUUGCCGUGCUGUUCGCCGGUUGAGCAACUACACGUCUACCGGCGUCGAGGUCUACGGCUCGACCAUGGCGUCAACGCUCAAUUUUAGGCGCACUCGCGGCGGCCCCGGCGUCUCGAUGAACGACAAGAAGGAAGGCGUCCACGUUCAGAUGGAGACAUUCGCAGCGGUGUCAGAGAUACCGGACCCCUCGUUCGUGCAGUACGACGUCACGGGCAACAUCAUCAAGUCAGACGUCGAGAGCUACGACGCGGAGGCGCAGGCGAUCUCGGACGAGUUCAAGCGGCCGCCCUACUGA